AUGGCCCCUAAGUUUCCUCACCGUAAAAUCGGAGACAGCCUUGUCUCUGCCAUAGGCCUGGGAUGUAUGGGCAUGUCCCUCCCAGUCUCGACCGGUAGAAACGACGAAGAAUGUCUGAAGGUGCUCACCCGAGCGGCCGACAUGGGAAUCAAUUUUUGGGUGACCUCGGACUCCUACGGGCCAGAGGCCAACGAAGAGCUCAUCGGCCGGUGGCUCAAGGAAACGGGACGACGAGAUGAAAUAUUCCUCUGCACGAAAUUUGGCCCCAGGAUUGUCGACGGCAAACCCGUGGUCUCUGGCAAGCCGGAGGACGUGAAGCAAGCCUGCGAAGCCAGUCUCAAGCGACUGCACACAGACCACAUCGAUCUCUACUCCCAGCAUCGCGUUGACCUGCAGACGCCCAUCGAAAUCACAGUCAAAGCCAUGGCUGAGUUGAAGAAAGAGGGCAAAGUUCGGCACCUUGGCCUCUCUGAAUGUUCGGCGCGGACGUUGAGUAGGGCUUGCGCGGUCCACGAGAUAGCAGCGGCGGAGAUGGAGUUCUCGCCUUUCGCGCUGGAGAUCGAGUCACCCGAGACCAAAUUUCUCGACACAGCGCGGGACUUGGGCGUCAAGAUUGUGGUCUACUCUCCUCUGGGCCGUGGCUUUUUGACUGGCGCGAUUAAGAGCCGGGCUGACUUCGACCCAAUGGACCCGCGCAUCAUGUUUCCUCGGUUUGCGGAAGAGAACUUCUCUAGGAAUCUCAAGCUUGUAGGCCUAUUUGAGGACAUGGCGAAGGAGAAAGGGUGUACUCCGGGCCAGGUUGCUCUUGCUUGGGUUCUGUCUCAAGGCGAUGAUUUCAUUCCGAUUCCCGGCACCAAGCACGUGAAGUACUUGGAGGAGAAUGCUGGCGCAGUCAACGUUGACUUCUCCAAAGGUGACGAUGAGAGAAUCAGGAAGGCCAUUGAAGCCAUCGGUGGUGCAAAGGGGUCUCGUUAUCCGGGCGCGUUUGCGGCCGUGUGCUUUGCCGAUAGUCCAGAACUUGACAACGAAUGA